CAAUCUCCGAGCUGCAACACCUGCCUGCCUCGAUGCAAAUACACCUUGAUUCUGCAAUCCCUUGACUGCAAUCUAGAAAUUGGGAAAUAUACCAUCGAGAAUUAUUGGCCUACUUUUCAGCGGCGUCAACAGGAUUUGGAAUCGCUUGUGCUCCGCUUUUUUGACUGCACAGACAAUGACGGAUCCAUAUCCCGGUGUAAUAUCUGAUUCUGACCAGAAUGCCAACAUAAUUCCGCCUUUAGAGUCUCAAGGGGUGAUACCUCAUGGCAGUUCUACUGCAGAAGGUGAUGGCCCUGUUCUGGAGGUAACGACACACUCACCGCCUGAUCUGAGCAGUGCAGAAACAGCUCCAGAACCCCUGAGCUGGUUUGCUGAGGCUGGUUCUUUAUUCCCAAAGCCUCAGGCCCAGGAGGACCUCACUUUCCCUAUAGCCACCAUUUCUGCCUUCACUGAAAUGGGCCAAGAGGAGUCAUCAAUCAAAGUUCCAUUGCAACGAUCCUAUGCCGGUCGAAAGCCCAUAAUAUCAUCCUCCCUCGCCAACACUCCAUGCGCCACCCUCGGUGUUAUGGGCCUCUUAGAUCAACUGAACACCACCCUCAGAACAUCACAUACCCUGGACACACCAUUCAUCUCCUCCACUCUCGAAGACUGCAUCAAGAACAACUACGACUUUGGCACUGUAUAUGGCCGUCUCCGCGCGGUAUGGGGCAUCAAAGGCCGGAAUACCAUCCAAGAUGAGAUACGUUCACGCGAAGCUUGGGACCAGAAGAGGCGACGAAAUGCACUUGUCGGUAACCGGAUUGUCGAACCGAAUUUGGAACCUCGACGGGUCUGGGAUCUAUACGCUAAUCGGGUGAUACCAUGGUGGAGCAGCGACGCGUCUCUACCCGUGAUCUCGUUAACUGUGAACGUUCGUCCAGUAUCGCAUGCGUGGAUGGACGCGAAAGAUCGCGUCGACGUCUGGACGCCUAUCAAUGGGGAGGAAUGGCCCGUACCCAUCCCAAAAGAUGCCAACCUUGACCUCAUCCGCAUCGAGAUGCUGAAUCUGGGAGCGGAAUACACAUGGUUGGAUGUCCUCUGUUUGAGACAGGAGGGUGGGCCAAGCGAGCACCUGCGUGCAGAAGAGUGGAAGCUCGAUGUGCCCACUAUCGGACGUGUGUAUGCAUAUGCCACAGUCAUGGUCUACCUGAGUGGGCUGGGGCAGCCUUUUACUUUGAAGGACGGUGACUUGGACAGUGAUCGCUGUUGGUUUAGACGCGCGUGGACACUACAGGAGAUUGGCAACCACAGGAUCAUUGUUGGGGAUACACCUGAUGGCCCACUGCAUGCGAAACCAAUAGACAAGGGUGGGAACUAUGAUACUGAGAUAUUGACUAGGUUUCACAAGCAGCUGUGGUCCAUCAGCACUGUCUAUCAUAGGAAUCAGUGGCUGUCACUCUUCCCCAAGAUGUUUGAGGUCCUGUCAGAGAUGCACGACCGGGUAUCCACCAAUCCUGUGGACAAAGUUGCAGGACUGGCAUUCCCUCUGCUCCCCAGGGCGAUACCGGCAUACCGAGAGAGCGAAUCUCUCGAAGAUGCAUGGAUGGAAUUGGUGAAUGCAAUGACUGUGUGGAAUCGGGGUAAGCUGUUCUUGUGGUAUCCUGAACCAGGAGAUACAGGCAUGAAGUGGAGACCAUCAUGGGACCAGGUCAUGAAGAGGCCUCUGCCUGUGGAUGACUACUCCUGGAUGACAGUUGAUUGGGAUGGGGAGACAAAUGAUAGCUGGUUUGGAGGAUACUGCAUUGAAAAGGGGUUUGUGCAAGGGUUGGCCAUGGAAAGUGUGAAAGAGGUUGAGCGAUGUGGCGAGCUGAUCAUUAAAGAUGCCAAUGGGGCAGAACAUUCAUUUCACAUCAUUGCACGCCACAAGUUCCCAAUACGUGAAGACAUGUACACAUUGCUUGGUAUAACUCCAAAGCCUCUCCAACAUUAUGGACAGAAGCAAUAUUUGGUCAUUGGGCAAAGACUGUCUGACGAAAAGUUUGAGAAAGUGUCUGUGUUCGAAAUGGCCGGUGAAGAAGCACAGAGGCUGAGGCAUCUGGGCAUUACUAAAUGGUGUCGGAACAUUCUUAUCUGAGCCCAUUCAUAGUUCACUGCACAUAUAUGAUGGUACAUCCCAUCCAUUGAGAUACUCACAAAUGAAAUAUAAUUAGCAUUCUCCACCAUUUGCAUGCUUUUGCUGCGCACCAAUGAAAACUGAUUUCACUACUCUUCCUGCUCUUGCUAACUGAUAUGCAGAAACGGCGUAUUUGCGUU